AUGGUCAAUCAAUCAUUUAGUAGUUCAAACAAAUCUUAUUCAUCAACAGCAGAUCAAAAUAAGAAAAUAUUUCUCGGUGGUUUAAGUUAUAAUACUACUGAUGACACAUUACGUGCAUUCUGUUCACGUUUCGGUAAAAUGACCGAUUGCGUGGUAAUGCGAACGCCUGAAGGAAAAUCGCGAGGUUUUGGUUUUGUUACUUAUGAAGAUACAUCAGCUGUGGAAGAUUUUAUGCGUGCUAGACCACAUACAAUUGACAAUCGUCUCAUAGAUACGAAACGAGCUAUGCCACGCGAAGAUCAAAAUAGUGCAGAAUCGCAUUUAACAGUCAAAAAACUGUUUGUUGCUGGUUUACGUGAUGGAAUUGAUGAGCCAUGUCUUCGACAAUAUUUCACUCGCUUCGGUAAUAUUACCGAAGUACUCGUGAUGAACGAUCGUGAUGGUAAACCUCGUGGUUUCGCUUUUGUUACAUUCGAUGAUUAUGAUGCUGUCGAUAAAGUUAUUCUUGAAAAACCACAUAUAGUGAAUGGACGAAAUUUAGAUGUUAAAAAAGCUGUACCGAAAGACAAAAUACAAGAUAAUUCAGGCUCAACUGGAGGGCAGCCAUCAAGAAACUAUUCCGGCUCUAACCAAAGAAAUAAUUUUGGAUCCAUCCGAGAUAAUUUCGAUGCUAAUAGUUCCGGUUGGGAUAGUCAACCGCAAGUACAGUCCUACGGUCAACAAGGAUAUAAUAAUUCAAAUGAAUCAGGUUUCAAUCCAUCGAAUGCAAGUGGUUUUUCUUCAGCCUAUGAUUCAGCGCGACCACAACAACCACUGAUGAAUUAUAAUCAUAACAAUAAUUCUUCUAUUCCAAAUAUGCCUUAUAAUAGUGGAAAUCAAUUACCGAAUUCGAACUAUAUGCCAUCGAACUAUGCAUCAAAUCAACCACAAGGUUACGGUACAAAUUCAAAUGGUUUCAAUAGUAUGAAUAAUCCAUUUAAUUUACCUCCUCAGCAAAACAACAAUAACAGUAGCAUUAGUGGUUAUAACAACAAUCCUUCAUAUCCAUCUGAUAAUAUAAAUUCAUAUGACAAUUCUACACAGAAUUAUAAUUAUAACGAUAUGCAACCACAACAACAAACACGUGGCGGUGGUCCUAUGCAUAACAAACGAGGUCGCGGAGGGAAUUUCGGCGGAAAUAAUAAUUCAUCCAAUUAUGGUAAUCGUUCAGCGCCGUAUUCGACACGUGGUGGUCGAGGCGGUGGCCGCGGUCGUGGCCAAUAA